AUGAGCAAUCCUGAGAUUCCUCAUCAAACACUGGAAAAGUUAAUGAUAAUAUGUGGCAAAGUCGAAACUUUAAAGCGAAAAGAUUUUGAACAUAUCAUUGAAGACAUUAGGAACUUAAUGGACGAAGUUAGCCGUGGAGAUGAUUCGCUGUCUUACAAAAUGCAUGAUAUAAUAUUAGAGUGGAAAACGCUAGAUGCAAGAUUUGUAGAAACUAAAGCAACUAAAUCCAUAUCACAAACCAUAAAAGAUCACAAGGUUGUUGUUUUGGUUGGGAAUUCUGGGAUAGGAAAGUCAUUCACACUACAGCACAAUGCUCUUUCAUUCCUUCGAAGUGGCUUUGAACUUAUACCUGUAACAAAACCAAAAGAUAUUUUAAAUAUCAAACAAAACGAACGAAAGAACUUUUAUAUUAUUGAGGAUAUUUUUGGUACAUGUAAUAUGAAUCUGUCUAUGCUAGAACUUUGGGAAGACUCUGAAGAUUCAAUCAUAUCGGAAUUAAGAGAUUGUCCGGACAUAAAAUGUGUCAUCACUAUACAUUCCAAUGUGUAUGGAAAUGAGAAUGCUAAAAAUAUUUUAAAAAACUUAGGAGCAAUUGAAUGCAACAUGUCAAGUGAUGAGUUGUCGCUUAGCAUGCAUGAAUUUCAACUGAUUUGGAAUUCAUAUAAUCAGCGUAUGGAGUUAGACAAAAUGUUCGGUGAAGCUAUUCCGGUAGAUUAUUUCCCUCUUAUAUGUAGACUCUUUCAUCAAAAAAGAGAUACAUCUAUGGGAAAAGAUUUUAUUAGAAGUCCGUAUGAAAAUAUAGUAAAAUAUAUGAAUGCGCUAUACAAGACUGACGAAUACUGCUACUUUUUCAUGCUGCUCUUAAUUCUAAUGAACAAUAAAAUAAAAAGAGAGUACAUUACCAAUACCGAAAACAAAGCAAAGAUGCAAAGCAUAUUUCAGAUGUGCUUUAAAACAACAUCUACGACUAUGCCGUCUUUCUCAAGUUAUAUUAUACAUGGUAUAAAAAAUCUUAAAGGUUUAUUUAUUCAAGAAUCGAAGAAAGAGUACACGGUUUCUCAUAUCAAAAUGUUUGAAGUUCUUUGUCGGUACUUUGGCGAAAAACACACCGACUGCAUUCUCAAGUACGGUGAUUCUGAUGUCGUUUAUAGUAGAGUAGUUUUAUGCACGUUUGCUGUCCCCCUUUCUGAAAGAGUAGGCAUAUCGAUAGACUUCACUCAUGACAAAAGCUAUGUGGAACGGAUGAUUAAGGAUUUGAAGGAAGGGAAAUCUUGGGAUGUGUUCUCCAGUCUUCAGAUGACAAAUGAAACAUUUAGGAAGCAUUUGAUAUCAUAUUUAUCAAAAACCUCUAAAAUGACGGAGAUACAUACACAUAACAUUGAUUCAGUAUAUGUAGCCUCCAAGUUAGGUUACCAUGACAUUGUAGAAUUUUUCAUUAAAACGCAAGGUAGAAAUGUGUCUAGUGGCAUCUCAAGCCAUGGAAAAACACCUAUGUGGGCUGCAACCUACUCUGGACAUCAAGAUAUUGUUAAACUACUAUUGAAGAAUCACGCAGACGUCAACCAAGAAACACUUACGGAAGAGACUCCAAUAUAUGCUGCGUGUAAGCAAAGUCGUCUUGAUAUUUUAGAACUUUUGAUAAAACAUUAUGGAGACGUUAAUCAACCCCAAAAGGAAGGAAUCACUCCAUUGUUUAUCGCAUGCAAGAAACAGAAUAUAGAUAUAGCACGGAUUUUAUUGGAGAAAGGCGCAAAUGUUGAUCAACCUACACGUGCCGGUGCAACUCCAUUGCAUGUCUCUUGUUUUCAUCAAAAUUCAGAUCUAGUUGAAAUGUUACUGAACAAGAAAGCAGAUACUAACAAAACUACUGACAAAGGAGUCACACCCCUGCACGUUGCAUGCUACAACGGAAACAAGCAUAUUACGGACGUUUUAUUGGUGAAUUUUGCCAAUGUUAAUCAAUCAAUGAGUGGUAGGGUUACGCCUAUUUACAUUGCGUCUGAACGAGGUCAUACAUUGCUAGUCAAAUUUCUAUUAACGAAGUAUGCUAAUGUAAACGAGGCUACAGAUGAAGGUUACACACCUUUUUAUGCUGCAAGCAUGAAUAAACAUACAGAUGUUAUUGAUUUACUGCUUACUAAACAAUCAAAUACUUCUGUCCACAUCACAACCGGUUUCAAACAGCUGUAUGGUGCAUGUGAAAGUGGACAUAUUAACGUUGUAGACUGGCUACUGAGACACGGAAUAGAGGUAAAUCAGGAAAAUGAGGACGGAGUUACUCCAUUACACAUAUCAUCAUAUAAUGGCCACCUAGCUGUCGUUUCACAUUUGCUUAACAAUAAUGCCGAAAUUAAUAAAAUAACUAAGAGUGGUGUAACUGCCCUGUACAUGGCUUGUCAUAAAGGAUAUUUAGAAGAUGCUCGGUUACUUCUUAAAAACAAAGCAGAAGUAAAUUUAGCUGCAGACUUUGGUUAUACUCCGCUUUAUAUCGCAUGUGAAAAUGGACAUACAGCUAUUGCAGCGUUAUUACUGAAAAACAAAGCAGAUGUCAAUCAAACUAAAAAAGGUGGUUUGUCACCGCUUUAUAUUGCGUGUCGUAAUGGUCAUACACAUGUUGUACAUAUGCUUCUCGAACAUUUUGCUUUCGUUAAUCAUGUAGUUGAAAAAGGUGACACUCCUCUUCAUAUAGUAUGCAAUAAUGGACAUACCCCAAUUGUAGAACUACUGAUAUGUUACCAUGCUAAUAUUAACCAGUGUCUACCAAAUGGAUGCACGCCAUUGUAUGUUGCUUCUGAGAAUGGCCAUGAAGGAGUCGUAUCCUUACUUCUGAAUAACGACGCUGAUGUGAACCUUUGUCGUACUAAAGGAAGUUCGCCAUUAUUUAUAUCGUCUAUGGAAGGACAUGAUCUGGUUGUGAAGCUUCUCUUGAAUAACCAUGCUGAUGUAAACCAAAAACGUCAAGGUGGUUUCACUCCCCUGUAUAUUGCAGCACAUCAAGGUCAUAGCAGAGUUGCUGAAUUAUUGUUGAGAUAUAAGGCCGAAAUAAACGUAACCGAUGAUAUUGGAGCCACACCAUUGUAUGUAGCAUGUGAACAUAACCAUAAAGAUACAGUCGAAUUUCUACUUAAACGCAAUGCUGAUGUCAAUAUAAAAACAAAUAAAGGAUAUACUCCUUUACAUAUUGCAUGCCAGAACAACCAUAAGGAAAUAGUAGACUUGCUCUUAGAGUAUAAAGCAAACUUAACAGAAAGCGAUAACGCGGGCAUUACACCACUGUACCUCGCUAGUACUUGUGGACACAUGGAUGUGUUAGAUAUCAUGAUCAACAGUGUUAAGAAUGAUGCUGAUGUGGAUAUUGAAACUAAAGAGGGCUUUACUCCGUUAUAUGCUGCAUGUAAACAAAAUGACAUAGCCACCGUGCAAUACCUCCUAGAAAAAGAUGCAGAUAUCAACCAUCGGUCAGUUGCAGGGUUGACACCUCUUAAUGUCGCUUGCGAUAAUGGGUACUAUGAUUUAGCUGAAUACUUAUUAAGAUACGGAGCUGAUAUCAAUACCCAAAAUAAUGUUGGCAUGACCCCUCUUUAUAUGGCAUGUCAAGAUGGUAAUCUUGAAGUAAUUGAACUUUUGUUCAAACAUCGCCCUGAUGUUAAUCUUGCAACUGAAAAGUCAUCGACGCCCCUUUAUAUUUCAAGUUAUAAUGGUAAUGAAGAGGUUGUGAAAAUUCUCCUUGAUCAUAAUGCAGAUGUUAACCUUUCCAUGGUUGGUGGUUUAACUCCUCUGUAUGUUUCCUGUUUCAAUGGCCAUAUAAAUGUUGCAGAAUUGCUGCUACAAUACAAUGCUGAUGUUAAUAAAAGUACUUUCGACAAAGUUACACCCCUGCAUAUAUCAUGUGAUAAAAAUAGAGAAGACCUAGUGAAUUUAUUGCUGGAAAACAACGCUGAUGUUAAUCUUAAAAAUGAAUCAGGACUGGCAGCUGUUGAUAUUGCCAAAAAUAAUAGAAAUACAAAAUUGGUCGAGAAACUUGAUCAAACUCUUACAAAACAUAAUUAACAAAUAUAGAAAUCAUGUUACGGAUAC